AUGAUCCCAAGAGGUGUCCUGGUGUCCCCCUGGGUGAAAGAAAACGGGAAUAUACUCCGGAAAAAGGGGAGGAAACCGAGGAAAAAGCGGAUCGCUGCCGAAUCCCGGGGAAACCCUUCAACCUCCCAAAUUUCCCGCUUCUUUUCCCAGUGGGAUGAUGAGACGGACAUGGCCAAGCUGGAGGAAUGUGUCCGUUCCAUCCACAUGGAUGGGCUGCUCUGGGGAGCUUCCAAGCUCGUCCCGGUGGGAUACGGGAUCAAGAAGCUCCAGAUCCAGUGCGUGGUGGAGGACGAAAAAGUGGGAACGGACAUCCUGGAGGAGGAGAUCACCAAGUUCGAGGAUUAUGUGCAGAGCGUGGACAUCGCCGCCUUCAACAAGAUUUAGGUGGAAAACUGGGAUCCUUUUCCCUCCGAAACGGGAAUAAUAAAGCUGGAAAUUGGAAGUGCA